CUUAUUGGAAACGGUCCUCAGUUGGCUCAAGUGUACCGCGAUGGAACGACUGUUUUCGCGUUCGAUUUUCGCGCUUGCCGGUACCACGCGCGAACAGUGUCCCUGCUUCCGUCCGGUCCCGUAUCCCGUGCCAUCCCGUAGCACCGUUUAAAGCCCUUCGCACCCUACUCCCCUCCCUCGGUAAGGGCUUUCCCACUGCUCGAAGGGAAACGCGGUGUGGUUAGUGCGGACCGACCGGUGGGACAAGAAGCACACGGCGACACGGCAGUGCGCGGGACAAACGAUUAACGCGGUGUGCUCCAUGCUACUUAGCUAAUUUUCACCUUAACCGCGCCGAUUUUGCGAGUGUUUGUGCGGUGUGUGUGUGUGCGUGUGGUGCGAUCAUUGUUUAGUGUUUUGUUUUGGAACGUGACGAACACACACGGUUCCGGAAGGUUUGCGAGCAUUAAGGGUGCUUUUGUACACGGGAAGUUGCGAUUGUGAAAAUGUGGCUUAGAACAUGUGUUCCGAGAUUACAGAAAUGUACUGGAAGAGGUGAACAGUGAAGUGUAUGUGUGUGUGUGUGUGUGUUGCCAAAUUGAUUAAAGCAUGAAGCGACGGUAGAUGAGGGAAUAGAACUUGCGAACAGGCACCAACAAGUAAACAAACAUUCUAGUGGAAGGAAAGUGCGGAUUUGUUGGCCUUUUCCACGCUGCGUCUGUAAUGUAUCUUGGCCAAAGCCCCGGCAGUGGGUAGUAGUUACAAUGGCCACCAUAAUGUCGCAUAAUUUACCCCUGAUACCGCUUCCGCUGAAGGCGGGAGUGGCCCUGGCCAAGGCGAGCCUGAUGCUGCCCGGCGCUGGAGCGGCCGGCGGUUUGCUGGGGCUUGCCGUGCCCCCGGAGUCGAGAAAAUCGUCCGCCACGCCACCCGAAGCACCGCACGAAAGUCCCAAACUGCCGGCGGACGACGAUGAAACCGAUCGGAUGAGCUGCUGCAGCGACGACAGCGAACUGUCCGUGGGCCAGGAGGUGCCGGAUGAUCUGCGUGCACCGCCAACCCUGCACAGUCCACCGGAUGACUUAAGCAACGACUCAUCCCGCUACUCGAAAGACACUCCCUCGGAGCUGGAGUUUGCGGCUCGACUGCAGCAAACGAGCAUGCUGCGACCGAGUCCAACCCGCCUGCACGAAGAGUUCCUUCGCAAUUCGCAGCUCUACGCCGAGGAGCUGAUGCGCCAGCAGAUGCAGAUUGUAGCGGCCGCCCGGGGACUUACCAUGAGCCCGGCCAAAGCGGCGCUCGGUGGGCUGCAGUCCGACCGUAGUCCAACACCGGGCGAACCGAGGAUGGGCUUUCGACCGGCGGGUAGUGGCAAUCGGAGUGAUUUCUACCGCCAGGAUGCAUCCUCCCCAGGGGAAGGGGCAGGAAGCUUCCGGGGCAUCCAUUCGCAUCUCAGCGCAAUAUCGCAAAUCACGCAAAAUCUCAACAGCGACCUCUCGAAGCUAACGUCACCGACGGCGUUCCGUACGUCGCGCGAAAGCUCCCAGUCACCUCCGUCGGCGGGGGCAAACCUUCACGGGCUGCAUCAACUCCACCAGCAGCAGCAGCAGCAGCAACACCAGCUGGCUCAGCAGCAGCAUCACCAUCAUCAGCUAGCGCUGGCCGCACUGAACAACAACAUUGCCGUGGCGCUGAACGACCAAAGCCUCAAGUUUAGCAUCGACAACAUCCUGAAGGCAGACUUUGGCCGCCGCAUCACCGAUCCACUGCUGCUGAAGCGAACUUCCAAGAGUGGCCAACAGCACCAUGGGCCGUCUGGGGCGGGUGCAUCGGGCAGCAGAAAGCCGGCCAGCAAAAGCCCGUCGGCAAUCGAUCUCAGCGGUGGCGAGCAAGGUUCCUCCAUGGCGACGCUAGCGCCCCUGUUGGCCGGUACGGGAAGUGGCGUGCCGUGCAGCAUAGCGAGCGCACUGUCGACGGUGAAGCAGUUCUGCACGGCGGUUAGCACGACGACGACCAGCAGCAGCAGGGCCAGUUCGGGAUCGGUCAGCUCGGUCGGUUCGGUGGGCAGCGAGGACGUGAGCCCGAUAUCGCCCCUCUCGUCGACGGGUUCGCUGAAGGGUGCGGACCAUCAGUCGAAUGGCCAAGGUGGUUCGAGUGCAACGGGAGCGAAUGGUGGUGCUAGUGGUGGUGGUGCUGGAAGUGCCGGGUCCAGUUCCGGGUCUGGCAGCUCGGGAUCCGGUUCCGGUGGGCCGAUGGUGUGGCCGGCCUGGGUGUACUGCACGCGGUACAGCGAUCGACCUAGUUCAGGUUAGUGUUCAAUGCUUCAAAGUCCUUGGGGA